AUGUCUACUAUCAUCAACGAUACUACAACCGACGAAGGUGCUACAGGAGCGAAUACUACAGCAAAAGCCGUGAUCAGAGCUGACAUAUCUGAGAUUACAAGUUCUCUCGCGAGGACAACGCUUCAAGCAAACCAGCCAUAUGUCUUUCUCAACACCGCUAUCAGUGUAGCUGAUGUUGUUGAAGAACUGUUCGAGUUACCGGCAGAUCCCCCAUCGUUGUAUCUUGACCUUGAAGGUACCAACCUCUCGCGGCAUGGAAGCAUCUCGAUACUUCAGAUUUUUGUUCUGCCUCACAACAGGACCUAUCUGAUUGAUAUUCAUACGCUGAAGGAGAAUGCCUUUGCGAAAGCAGCAAGCAAUGGUCAGACUCUUAAAAAACUUUUGGAAACGGAAUCUGUUCCAAAAGUCUUCUUUGACGUUCGCAAUGACUCUGAUGCCCUCUACAAUUGCUUUGGAAUUACGCUUGCUGGUGUGCAAGACCUUCAACUGAUGGAGCUUGCGACACGUAAUUUUUCGAAAAAAUAUGUCCAUGGCCUAGCAAAAUGUAUUGAGAAUGAUGCGCCUAUGACACUAUCAGAACGAAAUGCAUGGAAGCUUGGAAAAGAAAAAGGACUAAAGCUAUUUGCUCCAGAAUGUGGAGGUAGCUAUGAGGUAUUCAAUGUUCGCCCCCUUGCUCUGGAUAUCAUGCAGUACUGUGUACAAGAUGUCCAAUUUCUACCCAGGUUGUGGCAGAAGUACAAUCGAAAAUUGAGCCAGAGGUGGGCAGAAAAGGUCCAAGCAGAAGCCAAUGCCAGGAUCCUGGCUUCCAGAUCAGCUAGUUACAAUGGCAAAGGGAGACACAUGGCUCUGGCACCUCAAGGUUGGCACUAG